AUGCGAACAGCAUGUUCAUCACCACCAACAUACGCAUCAACUUGGUCAGUGCUAGGAUACAAACUGGUUUUCAGAGGCGUUGAAUGUUUAUUGUUGAAGCUAUCGAAUUUCUUAAUUCGGGGUUUGUCAAUGUGUUUCAAGCAAGGCAACUUUUUACGCUCUGCCUGCUCCUUGUUUUUUUUCACCGUUUUAGGGCGGGUUGAACUUUUGCUCUGUUGCAUUGAUACACUUCAGUCGAACAUGGGAAUGGCAAAUGCAUAUUCUAUGAUCAACCAAGAAUUGCAAAACUCAGUUUCAGAAAAGGAAUAUCAAGAGUUCAAGUUUUUUACCACUGCGGAGGAGAAAUCGGGGUGGCUAGAUGGGCAGGGAAUGGAGGCCAUGGGUUGGGGGCGGUAG